AUGUCGCGCUCGCCCUCUCCGAUUGUUGUCGAUUCGCCGACAUCGGCAGCCCCGACAAUCAACCCGCCCGAGAUCAGUGUGUUCACGCCUCCCAAGACGACGACGUCUCUGGUGAACAACGAUUCUUAUUACCUUGAGCUCGCCAACAAGCCGAUGGCUAAUCGCUUCGUGGGUCCUAUGCCCGUCGAUGAGUUUCUGAACACAUUCUUGCCCCCACCUGCUGAUCUGCCGCCUUCGCCAUGCGCGCCAACGGACAGAAUCUUCGACGACAUGUUCAUCCUGAGCGGGGAACCACAUGUCCUCUUUAUCGAUGUGCUGCGAAAACACGGUCUCUGUCCUAACCUUGUCCUCACUGAUACCAAUCACGAACGCGAUCGCCACUAUCGAUCCACGCCCGGCCCCCACAUCUCUUUAUAUAAAGCGGAUGCGCCACCCACGAUCCCCUCCCUCCAGCCUGCCGUAGGCCCACUCCGCUGGGCCGACAUCGAGCUCGGCGUACAGUUCUUCCCCACCGCGCGCGACCCGUUCUCCGACGCGCCCGGCACCCACUUCGAGGCCGCCGCUGAGCCCAUCGCGCACGCCCGUGGGCGGCUAAUCGCAGAGGCCCUCGCGGCGCUCGCGCUCGCGUUCCGCACCGCGUUCUUCUCUGUCUGCGUGCUCGAUGCGCACGCGCGCCUGCUGCGCUGGGACAACGCGGGCUGCGUCGUGUCCGCCAAGUUCGACUUUGUGCGCGCCGCGCGGCCGCUGGUCGAGUUUUUCUGGCGAUUCGCGCACGCGUCCGGCGCCGCGCGUGGGCGCGACCCGAGCGUCAUACCACUCUCCGUUUCCGAGGCUGUUGCCGCCGCCGACCGCCUGCGCGUGCAUCCGAGUCUGUGCGUCGAGCUUCGGGUCAUGGUACCCAGGAAGAACGUUAAGGGGAAGGGGAAGGCGGGCGACAAGGUCAAGACGACGGUCCGUCGGCUCGCGGGCGUGCUGCCGCAGUCACUGAACUUCACGCCGUGGACCGGCACCGCCACGCGCAGGUGUCCGGCGGUGGACCUGGCGAGCGGCGAGGUCGUGUGGGUGAAAGACACGUGGAUGAUCGACACCGAUCUCGUCCCCGGGAUUCCGCAGUUGUACGAGCUCAUGCGCGCGCCGUGGCGCGAUGAAAACGCGAAGGCGAAGACCCCGUUCGUGCCGUGGUACGAGCGCGGGUACGACGUGCUGAGCGGGGAACUUGUCCAGCGGUCGCGCUCGAACGAGUUCCUCGCCGCUCCGUGGGCUGACACGGCGCGCGAGAGCGGCGACCGCAAGAUCACCGCGCAGCGCCACCGGCGCGAGAUUCUCAGGUACGACCUGCGGCCGCUGUCGCACUUCAACUCCACAAAGGAGAUGACCAGCGCUUUCCUCGACUCCAUCAAAGCGCACCAAGCUUAUUACUUCAAGGGGGUCCUGCAUGGGGACAUCAAUCCGGCGAACAUGCCGAUGACAAGAGACGGCAAAGGCCUGCUGUUCGAUCUGGACGACGGGAAUGCGAUCUCGAGCAAGCCAAUCCGUGCGGAUCCCGAGCUGGAGCCGAAGGUCCCAGACGAAGAGGACGUGCUCAUGAUGCUCGCGUCCAUGGGCAUAAUCGACAUGGGUGAUUGA